AGUCACCACUAACACCAAACCCUCUCUCUCUUUUCCUCACACUUUCCCUCCAUCAUUCCUCCACUUCCAACAAAAUCAGUGAGGAUCAGAGAAGAAGCAUUGGCCAGAGUUGGUCACCUUUUACCUUGUACGCAUGACUGCAAGGGGCAGUGACCCCAGAAGGGGUCGUCUUUGGCCACAAAUGGCCAUGGCAUUGGCCAUUGCUUUGAUAUCCACCACUGUCAAUGCAGAUGGUUACCCUUACUACUCUCCUCCACCACCUUAUGAGUACAAAUCACCCCCUCCACCUUCGCCCUCACCACCACCUCCUUAUGAGUACAAGUCACCACCUCCACCCCCUUAUGAGCACAAGGCUCCACCUUAUGAGUACAAGUCACCACCUCCACCCUCACCCUCACCUCCUCCACCUUAUGAGUACAAGUCUCCACCUCCACCCCCUCAUGAGCACAAGGCUCCACCUUAUGAGUACAAGUCACCACCUCCACCCUCACCCUCACCUCCUCCACCUUAUGAGUACAAGUCUCCACCACCUCCACCAUAUGAGCACAAGGCUCCUCCAUAUGUGUACAAGUCACCACCUCCACCAUCUCCUUCACCACCACCUCCUUAUGUCUACAAGUCACCUCCUCCUCCUCCUUAUGUGUACAAGUCACCUCCUCCUCCUCCUUACGUGUACAAGUCACCACCUCCACCCCCAUAUGAGCACAAGGCUCCACCAUACUACUACAAGUCACCACCACCUCCUUCACCGUCACCUCCACCUCCUUACUAUUACAAGUCUCCUCCACCACCCUCACCCUCACCUCCACCCCCUUACUAUUACAAGUCCCCACCACCACCUUCACCAUCUCCUCCUCCACCCUACUAUUACAAGUCUCCUCCUCCACCUGUAAAGUCUCCAGCUCCAACUCCCUACUACUACAAAUCUCCUCCUCCUCCAUCCCCCACUCCUUACUAUUACAAAUCUCCACCACCACCAUCACCAACUCCUUACUACUACAAGUCCCCUCCCCCACCACCUUACUACUACAAAUCUCCUCCUCCUCCAUCACCAACUCCUUACUACUACAAAUCUCCACCACCGCCAUCACCAACUCCUUACUACUACAAGUCCCCACCACCACCAUCCCCAACUCCUUACUACUAUAAGUCUCCUCCCCCACCACCUUACUACUACAAGUCUCCACCACCACCAUCCCCAACUCCUUACUACUACAAGUCUCCACCUCCUCCAUCUCCAGCUCCUUACUACUACAAAUCCCCCCCACCACCAUCACCAACUCCUUACUACUACAAGUCUCCUCCCCCACCACCUUACUACUACAAAUCACCUCCUCCUCCAUCCCCAGCUCCUUACUACUAUAAGUCUCCACCACCACCAUCCCCAACUCCUUACUACUACAAGUCUCCUCCUCCUCCUUCACCCACUCCAUACUACUACAAUUCACCACCACCACCUCCCUACUACUAUAACUCUCCUCCUCCACCGGUUGUGUAUCCCCCACAUCCCCACCACCACCCUUUGAUUGUCAAGGUAGUGGGUAAAGUCUACAGCUACAAGUGCUACAACUGGGAGUAUCCCGAAAAGUCUCACAACAAGAAACACCUCAAAGGUGCCGUUGUUGAGGUUAAAUGCAAAGCAGGAAGGAAUAUCAUCAAGGCUUAUGGUGAAACUAAGAGCAAUGGAAAGUACAGUAUCACACUUAAGGACUUCAACUAUGUAAAAUAUGGAUCCAUAGUGUGCAAGGCCAAGCUUUACGCUCCACCUAAGGAUUCACCCUUCAACAUCCCUACCAAGCUAAAUGAGGGAACUGACUUGAAGGUGAAAUCCAAGGACAAGUAUGAAGUUGUGCUCAAGGCUAAACCAUUUGCUUAUGCUUCAAAGAAGCAUUUUGAAGAAUGUGAAAAGCCCAAGCCUUCACCAACUCCUUACUACUCUCCAUACUACUACCAAUCCCCACCCCCACCAUCACCAAAACCUAAGCCUCCAUACUACUACCACUCUCCACCUCCUCCAUCACCCUCUCCUCCUCCCCCAUACUAUUAUAAGUCACCACCCCCACCAUCACCAGUUCCAAAGUCCCCAUACUACUACCACUCUCCACCCCCACCAUCACCCUCUCCUCCUCCCCCAUACUAUUAUAAAUCACCACCUCCACCUUCACCUUCCCCCCCUCCUCCAUACUACUAUAAAUCUCCACCACCGCCUUCACCAUCCCCACCUCCACCAUAUUAUUAUCAAUCCCCACCUCCACCUAAAGAGCAUGUACACCCUCCCUACUACUACCACUCUCCACCCCCACCAUCCCCCUCUCCUCCUCCCCCAUACUAUUAUAAGUCCCCACCCCCACCUUCUCCAUCCCCUCCUCCUCCAUACUACUAUAAAUCUCCACCACCGCCUUCACCAUCCCCACCUCCACCAUACUAUUAUCAAUCACCACCUCCACCUAAAGAGCAUGUACACCCUCCCUACUACUACCACUCUCCACCUCCACCAUCCCCCUCUCCUCCUCCCCCAUACUAUUAUAAGUCACCACCCCCACCUUCUCCAUCCCCUCCUCCUCCAUACUAUUAUAAAUCUCCCCCACCACCUUCACCAUCCCCUCCUCCUCCAUACUACUAUAAAUCGCCCCCACCACCUAAAGAACACACACACCCUCCCUACUACUACCACUCACCUCCACCACCAUCCCCCUCUCCUCCUCCCCCUUACUACUACCACUCUCCACCACCACCAUCCCCAUCUCCACCACCUCCUUAUCACUAUCAAAGUCCUCCUCCUCCAUCUCCCACUCCUCAUCCUCCCUACUACUACAAAUCCCCUCCACCACCAACGUCACCUCCUUACCACUACGUGAGUCCUCCACCACCUUCCCCAUCUCCUCCCCCACCAUACCAUUACAAAUCACCACCUCCUCCCUCCCCAGCUCCCGCUCCCACAUACAUUUACAAAUCGCCUCCUCCACCUCCGGUUUACAUCUAUGCUUCCCCACCUCCACCUAUCUACAAGUAAGCUCGGAAUGCGGAAGCACCAGCCAUGAUAAAUCAUGUUCUAGUUUUCAUCGAGGAAUAAAGGCAAGCUCCAUUUGGAGCCAAGUGAAACAUCUAUCUUCCUGUACAAGUUCUUUGAAUAAAAGUCUGAAUGUGUCAUGCCUGCGCUACAAUAUUCGUGAUUCAGACGAGGUUGGUUCUAUUUGUUUCAUGGGCAUCUUGCACGUCCUGAUCUUAUUGUGUUCAAGUGAGGGACAAAUGAGAACGGGGAAGAGAGAUUUGAAAUGUAAAUGCCAAGUAAAAGUCCAAAGUACAGUCCACUUCUAGUCAUCUCUUUAAUUUAUUUGUUCAUAUAGAUUAAUAUGCUCGUGUAUGAUUGCUUUUCUAUUUAUUGUGCCAUUUUUGGAUUGUACCCUGUUGUUGUGUUUGCAAUAAGAGUACUAGUAAUAAACCAGCAAAUUCAAUUUCUGUUCGCAAA